UGCCAGAGAGGCCCGCGGGAGAGCUGAGAUGGGGCUGUUGCACACGCAGUUUCAGGGUGCAGCGGCGCACAGCGAGUCACAUGCAGAGGCGUCCAGAGAGGGAGUGAGACGCAGCGACAGCAGCGACAGCAGCGACAGCACGAGGACGGCGAUAGAAUGCUAGGUAUAGGGGAGAGAGCCCUGGAGAGGCGCGGCGACUGUGUCUGCUACCCCGGACGAGUUGACGGAGGCGCUCCAAGACGUGGUCGUGUCCCAGAUGCGGCCCAUGUCCGCCGCCGGCCGCCCUGCAGCCGAUCUCACUUGGGAUGCGAAGAGGCAAGCAGCGCACGUGACCGUCCAUCCCUUGUGCCACCGUCCCUGCAAUUACAAGACGCACUUGAGAGCAGCACGCAGCAGCAUGCAGCAGCACGCAGAGGCACGCAGCGCUCCUCGUAUGUUGGCAGUGGCCGCCGCCCUUGCUACUGCCAAUGGCCGCCGCGCCACUGUCAUACCGCUCCCUCGAUGCUUGAAUGAAUGUUCGUCCACUUGGCUACACUGACAGUCGCACACACGCGUCCCGUCUCCAGUGUCUCCACCGCUCUGAUCAUCAUCCCUGGUAACCAACGCGGUUCAAUUAAACGUAGCUUGACACAACUGAUACAGAUGCGCCAAUCGACACCUCCCAUCCCUGUCUGUGACGACCCCAGUGCGCCUGCGAUGAGACUUGAUAA